CGAAAAUCGGCAGCCAUGGAUGUUGUCAGAGCUUCUUCUUCCAUUGUUUCUGCACGAUGCAUUUUAACUACUAAAACCCAGUUUCAUAAACCCAUCUUUCACAACAUUUUGUUAAAAUCUGGGAUCAAAUCAUCUUUCAAUCCUCUCCAUAGAAACCCAUCAAAAUCCAGGUUGUUUACGUCCUUAUCAUCGUCCCCAACAACGGAAUCCAUUGAGCCACCUCUGCCGGAAGUUGAGAUCGACAGUGGGAGAGAGGAAUUCGAUUGGUAUUCUCAUUGGUACCCGGUGAUGCCGGUGUGUGAUUUGGAUAAAACGAAGCCGCACGCGAAGAGGAUAUUGGGACUUGAUCUUGUGGUGUGGUGGGAUAGGAAUGAGAAUGAAUGGAAAGUGUUUGAUGAUACGUGUCCUCAUAGAUUGGCUCCUUUGUCAGAGGGAAGAAUUGAUCAAUGGGGUAGAUUGCAGUGUGUUUACCAUGGUUGGUGCUUUGGUGGCAAUGGUGACUGCAAACUCAUUCCUCAAGCUUCCUCCGACGGACCCCCCGAUUUGGUGCAUACAUUCAAGAAAGCAUGUGUGGCGGUUUAUCCAAGCACGGUGCAGCAUGAUAUUGUGUGGGUUUGGCCAAAUGCCCAUCCACAAUACAAAGAUAUUAUAAAGAACAAAAAGGCCCCUUACAUUCCUGUAUUGGAUGAUCCUUCAUUUUCCAAGGUGAUGGCAAACAGAGAUAUUCCUUACGGGUAUGCAGCUCGUCUUAUCCGAGUAGAGGUUGACAGAGAAGGGGGCAGACCAUAUGAGAUGCAAGUCAAGAAGUUGGACAUCAAUGGUUUCACCGGAAAGCAGGACGGGACCAAUUCGUUCUUUAUUGCACCUUGCAUCUUUCAUUCCUACGUCGAUGAUGAUACCGAUCCCAUGGUUGAUGCAGCAUCUUCUGAAUCCCAAAAGGUUCAAACUGGAACAUCUGGUAAUAGCAGGGUGAUUUGGACUUUCCCGAGAAACUUUGCUGUUUGGAUUGACAAAAUUGUUCCGAGAUGGAUGUUUCACAUUCGAUCGAAUCUGUUUUUUGACUCUGAUCUGUAUCUUCUUCACGUCGAGGAGCGUAAGAUAAUGGAAAUAGGGGUUACCAAUUGGCAAAAAGCUUGUUUUGUGCCUACAAAGUCAGAUGCCUUUGUGGUCGGUUUCCGGAGGUGGUUCAAUAAGUAUGCUGGCGGCGAGAUUGAUUGGAAAGGGAAGUCUACUGGAGCUCUUCCUCCAUCCCCUCCUAAAGAACAGCUAAUGGACAGCUACUGGACUCAUGUAGUGAAUUGCAAGAGUUGCAGAACUGCAUAUAAAGGUCUCAAUGCACUCGAAGUAAUGCUUCAGAUCAUAUCGGUUGUUUCCAUCGGGAUCGUUGCCGCAAUGAAGCAGAACAUGAUGUCAAUGCUUCAAGAUGGUUGGCUCAUUUCAUCUACAAGACUUUCCAUUAUCAUGACUAUAACCAUGCUGUUGUGUAAAUUUGAUGUGAAUAUUACGCCCCCUGUUUCGGCGGCAAUAGCCCCUGCUUUGGCACCCAAUCCCAUUUCUGAAACCGGGAUCGGAAAAUCCGAAGAGAACAUAUCGAAUUCAAGCUUAAAAUCGGAUUGUGAGGACUUCAAUUGCUCUGAUCGCUCAUAA